GUGUGUGUGUGUGUGUGUGUGUGUGUGUGUGUGUGUGUGUGUGUGUGUGUGUGAGAGCAGUGUGUGAGCAGUGUGUGAGCAGUGUUACAGAAUGUUUGAAAAACUUUGUGUCUGGCUCUUUGUCCUCGUGCUUUUCUACAAUGAGCCCGCUCGCGCGCAGAAGAAGAAAGAGACUCUACUGUCAGAGAAGGUGACUCAGAUGAUGGAGUGGGCCUCCAAGCGUUCAGUCAUCAGGAUGAAUGGGGAUAAGUUUCGUCGUUUUGUCAAGGCUCCUCCCAGAAACUACUCUGUGGUUAUCAUGUUCACAGCUCUGCAACCACAGAGACAGUGUGGGGUCUGUAGGCAAGCAGACGAGGAGUUCCAGGUGCUGGCUAACUCUUGGCGUUAUUCCUCUGCCUUUACUAACAAAGUCUUCUUUGCAUCUGUCGACUUUGAUGAAGGAUCAGACGUCUUUCAGAUGCUAAAUAUGAAUUCUGCUCCGACCUUCCUUCACUUCCCAUCUAAAGGGAAACCUCGCAGAUCUGAUACCUAUGAGCUGCAGGUCAGAGGCUUUGCAGCUGAGCAGCUGGCAAGAUGGGUGGCAGACAGGACUGAUGUGCAGAUCCGUGUAAUUCGUCCUCCUAACUAUGCUGGACCUCUCCUGCUGGGCUUCCUCCUGGCUGUGAUUGGAGGCCUGGCAUAUCUACGGAGACACAAUUUGGAGUUUCUCUUUAACAAGAAUGUGUGGGCCUUCUCUGCACUGUGCUUUGUCCUGAUCAUGACUUCAGGACAGAUGUGGAACCACAUCAGAGGACCACCAUAUGCACACAAGAAUCCUAGCACUGGCCAAGUUAGUUAUAUCCACGGCAGCAGUCAAGCCCAGUUUGUGGCUGAGACACACAUCGUCCUACUCUUCAAUGCUGCUGUUACCAUGGGAAUUGUGCUGCUGUGUGAGGCUGCAACCUCUGACAUGGACAUCGGCAAGAGGAAGAUUAUGUGUGUAGCAGGUAUUGGUUUGGUGAUGCUGUUCUUCAGCUGGUUGCUCUCUAUUUUCAGAGCAAAGUACCAUGGAUAUCCAUACAGCUUCCUCAUGAGUUGAAGCUGACCAGCAUCUUCCAGUUUCACAGCAAGUACGGACUGCAGGACAAGAAGUGCUGACAACAAACAGGGUGCUGUCUAUAGCAAGGAUGCCACAUUUCUGUUUGCUAAGCCAUGGUUUGUCUACUGAUCUCUUGAGCCAAAAUUAUGUGUUUCAAUACAGAUACAUACACACUGUGCCUUUACAAAGAUCUGUUGUGCCAAAAGAUGUUUUCUACAAUCAGAAUUUUGAACUGUUGGGACCAUAAAGAGGCCAUGGACUCUAA